AGCCUUUUAUUCAAUUUAUGAAAUUUGAAACAUGUGUAAAUGUUGCCGGGAUUGUCAGCUUUCAGUUGCAAUGAAGAAGUUCGCAAUAUGGAAUGUGAUCUUUGGCCUGCUCUCGAUGGAUUGGUCAUAUAGAUUAAUGACGACGUCAGGUGACUAUUUUUUUACUGCUGGAUGUGUGCAUAUGUCUGGAGCCGUUUUACUUAUAAUUUCGGGGAUAUUGAUCCGCGUUGGCAUAUUCAAGAAAAAGAAGGCUGUCUACUGUGUAGGGCUAUGCUUGAGCAACGUUGGGCCAUGUAUCAUGAGCUACCUUAUAUUUCCGAUUGUCAUUCAGGUGGUACUGCUCAUACAGGGCAUGGGCUUAUACAAGAAGUGGAACGAAGAAAUAGUUGAAUGCUAGAAACGGCUGAGCCUGGUGGAGAGACUGGCAGCUUAUAAAUGUUUCCAGCGCGGGAGUAUUUUAUUGUACAACUCUAUUCGAUGGUACACAAUUAAGCAACUGAAAUUCUGCGUUUCAGCUUAUCACAACUACAUACUCGUAAGCAGAAUAGGAAUAAUAAUUACCUAUAUUCAACUA